AUGGAGCCCCCGGAGGGCGCUGGCCCGGGAGAGAUCGUUAAGGAGGUUGAGGUCCUGCAGGCUGCCCUGGGUGUCCCAGCCCAUGGGACGGGGGACAGCUGCCACUCGCCCGUGGUGGAGGAAGAGGUGGGCAUCCCUAUACCAGCACCGGGGCUCCUGCAGGUCACAGAGAGGAGGCAGCCCCUGAGCAGUGUCUCCUCUCUGGAGGUCCACUUUGACCUCCUGGACCUCACCGAGUUGACCGACAUGUCCGACCAGGAGCUGGCCGAGGUCUUUGCCGACUCGGAUGACGAGAACCUCACCAGUGAGUCCCCAGCAGGUCUGCACCCGCUACCAAGGGCCGGCUGCCUUCGCUCCCCCUCCUGGACGAGGACAAGAGCUGAGCAGAACCGCGAGAAGCAGCCCCUUGGCGACCCUGAGCGGCAGGCCGCAAUCCUAGACACAUUUCUCACGGUGGAGAGGCCCCAGGAGGACUAG